CGCACAAGCGCGGCCCAACGCCGCUCGUUCCCUCCUCUCGCUCCGUCUACCACACUCCUCUAUUCGCGCGUGCCGCACAUGCUGUCUGAGCGCAGCGCACUGCCGCACGACGCCGCCGCCGGCUCCAACGGCGCCGGCGAUGCGCUGCAGCCACCAGCCACGCCCGCUGCGCCCAACGGCACCGCAGCGCCGGGCGAGGACGAUGCGCAACUCUGGUCCAGCAUUCUCGCCAGCGUGCACGGCAGCCGUGCCGCACCGGUGCGCAAUGUCGUGAUGCUCGGCGAGACGGGCACUGGCAAGUCGACGCUUCUUGCCGGCCUGGCCAGCGGCAGCACCACGAGCGCCGGACCCUCUGUCGCUGCGACUAUGCCCAGCAGCAGCUCUUCUACCAACAUGAACGGGCACGUGAACGGCGUCUCGGCGACGCCUGAAGUAAGAGAUCUGGGGCUGGGCUAUGCCUACUGGGACGUUCGGGAUGACGACGGCGAAGACACACUGGCGCGCGUUGGCGUGUACCAAGUGCCCUCGUCGCACCCGCUGCACGUCUCGCUGCUGCCCCUAGCUCUGCAGCCGCCGCAGCUGGCGUCCUCCUCGGCCGGCCCAUCAGCCAAGGCCGACGCGCUGCGCAGCACUCUCUGGUUGCUCGUGCUGGACUGGAGCAACCCUUCAGCUUUCCUCGAUCAGCUCUUGACAUGGCUUGACAUCGUGGGGCAGACGACACGAGAGGCGCUCGGCGUGCCGGAGACGCAGAAGGAAGCCAAGUGGGGCCGGGAGCAAGAGUUUGCGCGCGAGCUGCAAGAAGGCUUGGAGACGUACAUUAGGGCAUACGUCGAGCCGGUAGCGCCUGCUGCGACAGCAGGAUUCGGUGUGCAGACGCCAGAUGGCGCCGCGACUGCGCCCACGCUGCUGCCAGCGUCGGCUGCAGGCCUGGUCGACGUGAACCUGCCGCUGGGAGACGACGUGCUGCAGCACAACCUCGGCGUGUCAAUCGUUGUCGUCUGCACCAAGGCUGAUCAGAUCUCGCGGCUGGAGAAGGACCGCGAGCUGAAGGAGGAGCAGUUUGACCAAAUACAGCAGAUGCUGCGCACCAUCUGCAUCAAGUACGGUGCCGCGCUCUUCUACACGGCACAGAGCCGGCCACAGACUUUCGAUGUGCUGCGGUCGUACGUUCUGCACCGCCUCUUCACGCCUGCGCCGGCCAGCCGUAUCGCUUCCUCUGGGACAGAAGCUGCCGCUGCACCGAACGGUGCGCCAUCAGAGGGCCCCGUGGCCGGUGGCGGCACGGCGCUCUCGACGCGCUUUCCGUUUCUGCAUCGCGCCUCGACCGUCGAGCGCGACAUUCUCAUCGUGCCGAGCGGCUGGGACAGCUGGGGCAAGAUUCACGCGCUGCGUGACGGCUAUGCAUGCGCGCCCGUGUCCGCGGGCUGGGAGUGCGACGUGCUGACGGAGCGCGUGCGGCGUGAGCGAGGACUUGCGAAGGGUGCGCCGGAGCUGGAGGAUGAGGCGCGGCAGCAGGAUCGUGGACAGGCUGCUGCCGCUGCCGAUGCUGGUGUGCUAAGCGCUGUGCGCUUGUAUGAGGAUCUCGUUGCUGGGUGGAAGGCCGCACCGGCGCCAAAUCCGAAUUCCUCGCGGGUCAAGGAGCCAGACGAGCAAGCCUUCCUGGCACAGCACUUCGCAACGCUGCAAAAGGACCCAGACACGCAGAGCCGCCUUGCUCGUCUCACGAGCGGCGGCGGCGGGGGAGGAGGAGGCACACCCUCAGUCGUCGGUCCGAUGCGCAGCGUCAGCCUCAGCCUGCCGGGCGUGGAGCGGGCGAUGCAGGACAGAGACACGCCGGAUUCGGAGGCUACGGUCAAGCCGCCACGAACGAGUCGGAGGGACUCGACGCGCGACUCUGUCUCGUCGAAGCCGACCAGUCCUUUGCUCGGCUCGUCCCCGGGCGCGAGCAGCCCGGGUGGCGUGAAGCAGUCGGAAGUGCUGCACUCUUUCUUCCAGAGCUUGCUCAACAAGGAGAAGACGCCGAGCAGCUCUCCUUCGAUCUCGCGCUCCGCACGCAGCGGAGAGCGUCGCAGCCACGCACCCUCGUCCGAGCGAGGCGGUGCCCCGAGUUCGGGCAGCCGCGCGCCGGACAGCUAGAGCUUCCGCUCUGAGCGGGCCCCGGCUCCGGCUCCUCUGCCGUCCUAUCGAUGCGUACGAGCGCAGCGCGGCCUGGCCCCGCAGCCCGGUGCCGGCAGAUCGCGCCCGCUCUCUCGCCCCUGCAUGUCCCCUACCAUACCCUCCUCAUCUUCUACUUUAGACGUCAUGCUCAGCGUGCGGCGCGCGCACACGGUUCCGCAGCAAUCUGACGGACACUGAGAAGCGGUGAAGCGAU